AUGAAAAGAAUCCAAGGACAACUCCAAGAGCAGGCAAAGCGCGCCAAGGAAGUCCUAUUGUGGAUUACAUGUGCGAAGAGGCCGCUCACCAAACUAGAACUGCAACAUGCACUGGCCGUCGAAAUUGAUCAGCCGAACCUUGACCAAGAUAACCUCCCACAAAUAGGAGAUAUGGUUUCUAUAUGUGCUGGGCUGGUGACCGUUGAUGAAGAGAGCAGUAUCAUCCACCUAGUUCAUUACACAACACAGGAAUACUUUCAACGGACUAAGAGCGACUGGUUUCCCGACGCACAGGACUCCAUCACGGCAGUCUGUACCACCUACCUUGCCUUCAACGAUUUUUCAGACGGAUACGUGGCAACAGACAAAAAACUCAAGGAACGGCUUAAGUUGCACCAUUUUUAUGACUACGCGGCUCGCAACUGGGGAUAUCAUAGCCACGAAGUAUCGAACUGUCCAAAUGUUCUUUCAUUUCUCCAGAAGCCAGCCCAAGUCGAAGCAUCAAGUCAACUCCUCGGGAUUAGUGAUGGUUAUGAGUGGGAAGGUUACAGUCAGACAACGCCAAAGCACAUGACCGGAUUACACCUGGCAGCUUAUUUCGGUCUGAAGGGAGCUGUUGCGACACUGGCUGGAGACUUCCUCGCGAAUGUUGGAGAUAGCGACGGGCGGACGCCCCUGUCGUUGGCGGCACGGAACGGGCACGAGGCCGUGGUCCAGCUGCUGCUCGACACGGGGAACGUCAAUCCCGACUCAAAAGAUCGUAACGAGCGCACGCCGCUGUCGUGGGCGGCAGGGAGCGGGCACGAGGCCGUGGUUCAGCUGCUGCUCGACACGGGGAACGUCAAUCUCGACUCAAAAGAUAGCGACGGCGGGACGCCGCUGUCGCAGGCGGCAUGGCACGGGCACGAGGCCGUGGUCCAGCUGCUGCUCGACACGGGGAACGUCAAUCCCGACUCAAAAGAUAGCGACGGCGGGACGCCGCUGUCGCAGGCGGCAGAGGGCGGGCAUGAGGCUGUGGUCAGGCUGUUAGCAAAGAAAACCAAUUCUGAUUCUACUGAAACUACUGGACCGGCUGCACUCCAAUAA